AUGAUCAAACCGCAAAUCCCACCCGGCAAGACCUGGGUCGACACACAUAAGCAAAGCUUCGCUGACAUAGCCAUCCUCGAUGACCAAAGAGUCCCCACUACCGAAUUUCUCAAUGCCACUGAAGCUACCACCACGAUCUUUGACCUCCUAGGUUCCCCAGUCUUCACGCCCAUCAAGAACGAUUUGUUGUUCAACAUUGGCAGAAUCCGAGACAGGCAGAAAGAAGCUCCGGAAGAGUCGACCACUCUCCAAUCGCUAGUUGAGAGUGAGUCAGCAUCAGGAUCCCACUCAGCUGUCCAAGGGUUAACAUGGCUGGUUCGAGGGCUGGAUUUCAUGGCUCAGGCAUUCCGAGGCGACCUCAGGGAGAACAAGUCCGUCCCAAUCGGCGAGCAGAAGCCUCCCAAAGAAGUAGCAGAGUUGUUCAGGGCGAGCUACAAAACCGCAUUGUCUCCUUACCAUAACUUCUUGAUCAGACCCUUUUUCAGAGCUGCCAUGAAUGCGGCACCGUGUCGAAGAGACUUAUAUCACCGACUGAGUGGAGAGAGCACGGAGCCAGAGGCCACGAAAGAGGCACUGAAAAGAUGGGUUGAUGCUCUGGAAAGGAUCGUGGAAAUUUUGAAGAUGUUUCUGGCCCAAAGAAGUGACCAAAUGGUGGAAGAAUAUGGCCCCUGA